AUGAAUGCAGAGAUUGAAGAAUCAAAAAGAAAAACAGCACCACCAAGUGUUUUAUUACCACAAGGAGGUGAUCAGCAGCAACCAAGAGUCAUUGGAGUAGCACCUCUAAGAACAUCACAUAUUUUGAAACCUGGAACUGUUCCUACUACCUCUGGACUGGUGUCAGCGUCAGGUGGUGUAGGUGUAGGUGGUAAUGUUGGAGGAGGCAGUGCACAAAUCAAAACGACUCCACCUAAACGAGUUGCUUCAGUUUCAGUGUCGGCUUCUGCAUCGUCUGAGAAUCUUCUUCAUCAUGACCACAACCAAGGUCAACAACAACAACCAUCUCCAUCUCCAUCUCCAUCAAUUGUAAAUAGUAAAAGUACAAGUAGUGGUAACUUGGCAAGUUUACCUUUAAAACCACCUGCCAAGACACCACCAAAAACAGCACCACGUUCAUCUACUUCCAUGUCCAAUUUGAAUGUUCAUUCUCAUAUUGGUGGAGAUUCAUCACCCAACAACAGUAGUCCAACUAGAAUUAGUAUGUCUCCCAAUACAUCAUCCAACUCUUUGUUGUCACCAGACACUAGUAGUGUCAUAUCCAAACGAUUGUCUGAUGAUGGGUCCGACUCGAAUAGUACAUUGGGCGACAGCUCAUUUAUCGAGGAUGGGACAUUGAUUGAAAACAAGGAAGAGGACUCGGACGACGAAACCGACGAAGAAGAGGAGGAGUUACACGAAAACUUCCUUAAAGAGUUGGGGUUGGGCAAUAAAGAGCGUAUCAACGAUCUCAAAGAACAAGAAAAGAAAGAGUUGGAGUUGUUAGCCGGUGGGAAUCGAUUCAGAGUCACUAGAUGUUUUGUUAUGGCUCCAACUAAUAAUCCAGCUCCCCCAACAUCCAACCAUCAUCAUCAUCCAGUUGGUGGUGCACCACCCAAUACUGGAAACAGACCACCUUUGAGUAGUAGUCCAAAUGCAGGUGGAGGAGGAUCACCAUCACAACAAAUACGUAAAUCAGUACUUAACAACAAUGCUAAUCAACAGCAACAACAUCCAAAUGGUCCAUCGGCAGCUGUCAUUGCAGCAUUUGGAGGUGGACAAAAUGGAGGAGUAGGAGCACCAGGUCAACCCAAACUCAACAGACAAACCAUCUUUAACCCAAGAUUCUCUAUUUAUCGUCCAGGUCCAACUAGUGCACACGCCCCACCCAAGAAGCCAUUGCCACCACCACCCAGUCGCAAACUCCCACCAACUCCCAAAACAUACACCAAAGAACAAGAACAAGCAGCCAUUAAAAUCCAAAAAUGUUAUAGAAGAUAUAAACAAAUGAUACCAUUUAGAAAAUUAAAAAUAUUAUACAGAUAUAGAUGGAAUAUUGUUCAAGAGAUUUAUAAUACUGAAAGAACUUAUUUAAAUACAUUGGGACAAUUGUCGGCACAUUUUAUCGAUCCAUUGAGAAAGAGUGAUAUAGUGUCACAGGAUGAUGUCAAGUUUAUAUUUGGUGGUUUGGAUUCGAUCAUUGCCAUCAACACACAAUUAAUGUUUGACGUUGAAAAUAUUCUAAAGAGUUGGACUCCCUAUUCGAUCCUUGGCAAAUGCUUUUGUACACUUGGUGUCUAUCUAAAGGCCUAUACAGACUAUGUCAAAAACUUUGACUUUUCACUCCAACGUAUCGAGGCGUGCAGCAAAGACAUUAAAUUCACAUCCUUUAUCAAACAGGCAGAGGAAAAAACAGUUCCACGAUCACGUUUGGAAUCAUUGCUCAUUACUCCAGUCCAACGUAUCCCACGUUACGUACUCUUACUACAAGACCUACUCAAACACACUGAAUCCUCUCAUCCAGAUUUUACCCAUAUCUCUGAAGGUUUGGAUAUCAUUAAGAAAGUUGCCAUCUCUAUCAAUGAUACUAAAAGAAGAGCUGAUAAUUCUCUUAAAGUAAUUGAAGUUCAAAACAAAUUAGUUGGUAAAUUCCCAAAUCUUGUUGUUGCAGAUAGAAGAUAUGUUCAUGAAGGUUAUGUUUCUCAACUUGGUCAUUCAAAAGAGAAAACUAAAAAAUUAUAUAUAUUUUUAUUUAAUGAUAUUAUGAUUUUCUCAAAGCCAUCAUCAAAUAAAUUAUUUAGUAAAGCGAAAUUCAAAUUUGUAAAGAUUGAAGAUUUAUUCCCUUCACCUAAAAUUGUAGAUAUCCCAAGCAACCCAAUGUACCAAAGUUGUAUCGAGAUUGAAUUAAGAAGCUCCACUUUUACUUUGCAAACUGAAAAUGAAGAUUCCAAAAAAAUAUGGUUUGAUCAUUUUACAAAAGUUUUUGGUGAUAUUAAUAAUCAAUAUGAUAUUAGUGAUAAAUUGGAAAAAAGAGCAGUUGAAAGAGCAGGUCAAGCUAAAACAUACAUUGAUAAUUAUUUUGCAAAUAUUAAAGUCAAAGGAAGAGCAGUUAGAGGAGCAACCAUUCGAUCCAACCCAAAUGAAGCUAUCGCUGGCGAAGAAGACAAACAAAUGGAAAUUGGUGUAGCUGGUGGAGCUGGUCAGCUUGAACAAGCUAGUGGAAAUGGAGGUAGUAGUGGAGUUGGUGUUGGAGCCAGUGGAAGUGAAUCACCACUUUCACAAUCACAACAACAGAUCCAAAGACAGGCCAGUGGUGGUAAUGGUGGUCCAAACGCAGGUUUAUUGACACGUCAACAAACAUUCCACAACAUGACCUUGUUACAAAGAGAAGAACGUCUCAAAGGAAUGGCAGAGGAAACUUCACAAUUGAAAAUGGAACACAUGCGUAUGGAAUCAACACCAUCGCCUCCAAAUGGCAGUCCGUCGACCACUGACAAGUACGGUACUGUCCGCGCUUCGAAUGGAUCGACCAUGGGUAGAGCAACACUCAGCAAAGCUGAUCUUGAAAGUGUCAUUGCCAACAACGAUGGAACCUCAUCACUUCAAGAAAAGAAACCAAAAUCAGGUCCUCCAUCACUCAACAAAAUAUUUUCAUCAAUCAAUCUUAACAAAUCUUCCUCCUCCUCCUCAGACUCUGAUAAAAAGGGUACUACCAAACCACCAAUUGGAAAACCACCUGCUGGAGCUCCUCUUUUCCCAACAAUGAGUAAACAAGUUUCCUCCUUGAAUGUUUCUUUAAAUGCUGAAAUUGCAAAUUCAAUUUCAAAAAGACCAAAUGUUUAA